ACCAUGGUACGCAGUCACGGGCUGACUAGGCAUUUAGUUCGCGUUUACCUAGCGUAUUCGCGGGCCAGUUAAGCUCUCGCUUUCGAGCCGCCAGCACCGACAGAUCUUCUCCAAUUGUUUCCAAUCGCAAGUCCGCGUAACUUUGAAUUUACCUUACGACUCGCGUUCAUCAGAUUUGCACCAAUAUCCAAACCUACUUCACCUUUCUUCUUUAAGUACAGCCAAUUUUUUUUUAUCAUUCUAAUCUCUCCUUAGUUUCCUUAUUCUCAUUCCUCUAAUCGUCCCCUCUUCCUACCUUCCUUCCUUCCUUCCUUCCUUCCUUUCCUCCUUCCUUCCUUCCUUUUCCCUUUCCUUUCUUCCUUGUUUUCCUCCUACCAUUCAUUCCUUCAUUCCUUCUUUCUUUUAAACAUCUGUCGUUGGUUUUACUGUAAAACGAUCAAAGAUUUUUAAUCGUGUAUCAGGACCGUUUCUCACAGGCGUCUACUACUGCUGAGUACCACAAAGCAGAUGCUUGUUGAUAUUGCAAAAACAAGUUCAAAAAGUUUGCUGUUUCUUCGGAUCAGAAAAUCUCUUCUAACCACGAGAAACGACGAACGCGUGGAAAAUGCAAUCCUGGAAAGGCUCAACGUGCGGUAUUUUUCUUCUGGCUGUGGUGUCGAUCGUCAAUGGGAUACCCGAUUUUUCGGACUUGCCGGCAGGUCCUUAUUGCGCCAGAUGGUAUCCACUAGGCGAUUGCUGUGCAGGUCGUCAGGACGAUUGUAGUACUCCAAUUCUCAGCACCGUUUGUUACUGCGAUGAUUUUUGCAACCGAGAGAAACAAGAAGAUUGCUGUCCAGAUUAUUGGAGCCACUGCAAAGGAAUCGAACCCAACAUCACUCUACCACCGCCGCAAGAAACAAGACGUUGCUAUUUCCAGGGGAAAUAUUACAAUCAAGACCAAACAUUUACAAUCAAUUGCAAUAUAUGCAAAUGUACGGUAAUGGGUAGAGACACUGAAGUAUUUUGCGAACAGCAUCGAUGUUUGCAAAACCCAGAACUAAUAGAUGAGAUCAACUCGCUGGAUUUGAGUUGGAGGGCACGAAAUUACUCCGAGUUUUGGGGUAGAACGUUAGACGAAGGUGUGAAACUGCGCUUGGGUACUUUAAAUCCGUCACGAUCGGUUUACAGAAUGAAUUCCGUGCGACGGAUUUACGAUCCGGAGUCCCUACCACGAGAGUUCGACGCCAGGAUUCGUUGGCCUCGAGAGAUCUCGGACAUAGACGAUCAAGGUUGGUGCGGCGCAUCCUGGGCGAUUUCUGCCACACGCGUCGCUUCAGACAGAUUUGCCUUAAUGAGUAAGGGAGCCGAUAGCGUCCUCCUCAGCGCACAGCAUUUACUCUCGUGUAACAACAGAGGACAGCAAGCUUGCAGCGGCGGCUAUUUAGACAGAGCCUGGCUAUACAUGCGAAAAUUCGGCCUAGUCGACGAAGACUGUUAUCCAUGGGAAGGCACGAACGUACAAUGCAAGUUACGAAAGAGAACAGACUUGAAGACUGCUGGUUGUCGUCCUCCGGUAAAUCCACUUCGAACAGAAUUAUAUAAAGUUGGGCCGGCUUAUCGGUUAGGCAACGAAACUGAUAUUAUGUACGAAAUUUUAACAUCUGGACCGGUGCAAGCUACCAUGAAAGUUUAUCAAGACUUUUUCUCUUAUGAAUCCGGAAUAUAUAAACACACAGCAACCACCGAACACUAUGCAUUUGGCUAUCAUUCGGUUAGGAUUAUCGGAUGGGGGGAAGAUACGUCCGCGCAUCGUCAUCACAACUUGCCAAUCAAAUAUUGGUUGGUCGUUAACUCUUGGGGUCAGCAAUGGGGCGAGAGCGGUUUGUUUCGAAUUCAAAGAGGAACUAAUGAGUGUGAUAUCGAAUCGUUCGUAGUAGCAGUAUGGGCGAAAACUAUCUAAGGAAAGGUGCAAGAAUCAAGAAAUGCUGCAUUUAUCUAUCGGAUCGUAUAUUGCGUUGCGUUGCGCUUUCUUCUAUCAAUAUACGAAAUCGAUUCGUGUUUGAUUCAUCGUUAUUUCCUUUGCAUCAUUACAUAUAUAUAUAUAUAUAUAUUUUUCUCAUUCACAACAAAUUCCAUUUAACAUAUUUUAUUAACGUAUCAAUUAAUGUUUGCACACAGUUUAAGAAACAAAUGAAACGAUUGCCAAAUACUUUCUGACCAUAUAUGUAGGCAACACCAUGUAUGAAUUAAUUCAUCUGUAUGUUAGGGAAUAAAAUAUCAGAUGCUCUGAAUAUAUUAAUAUAUUUUUGCAUAAA